GCGAAGGGCGGGGUGGGAGAGAAAGUAUCCACUAGAAGGGAGACUUGCUCGAGGAAAAUCGUUUGGGAGUGUUCUUUUCUUGUGUAUUGUAAAGUAGAAAGCGGAAGUAUUUCGAAUAUAUCUUGACUAGAAGCAUCGUCUUCUUCUCUUUAACUUUGGGUGCACUUUGAUUUUGGUCCUGCUUGAGUUGCAACGAUGCCUGUGUUUCAUACGAAGACGAUAGAAAGUAUCCUGGAGCCCGUGGCUCAACAAAUUUCCCAUCUGGUUAUUAUGCACGAAGAGGGUGAAGUGGAUGGAAAAGCUAUUCCUGAUCUUACGGGCCCGGUUGCUGCUGUACAGGCUGCUGUCAGUAAUUUGGUGAGGGUUGGCAAAGAAACUGUACAGACUACAGAAGACCAAAUUAUGAAGAGAGAUAUGCCACCAGCCUUCAUUAAGGUUGAAAAUGCCUGUACUAAAUUGAUCCAGGCUGCACAGAUGCUGAAGGACAACCCAUACGCUGUACCUGCACGUGAUUAUCUCAUUGAUGGUUCAAGAGGAAUUCUUUCUGGAACGUCAGACCUGCUGUUGACAUUUGAUGAGGCAGAGGUCCGUAAAAUAAUUCGUGUAUGCAAAGGUAUUUUGGAAUACCUCACGGUUGCUGAAGUGGUGGAAACAAUGGAGGAUUUGGUGACCUAUACUAAAAAUUUGGGUCCAGGAAUGACUAAAAUGGCGAAAAUGAUUGAUGAAAGACAACAGGAACUAACUCAUCAAGAGCACAGGGUAAUGCUGGUGAAUUCUAUGAACACUGUGAAAGAGCUUCUUCCUGUACUCAUUUCAGCUAUAAAGAUUUUUGUGACCACAAAACAAUUUAAAAGUCAAGGAGUGGAAGAAGCUUUAAAGAACCGUAACUUCACUGUGGAGAAAAUGAGUACUGAAAUCAAUGAGAUAAUUCGUGUGUUGCAGCUAACAUCUUGGGAUGAAGAUGCUUGGGCCAGUAAGGACACUGAGACCAUGAGAAGAGCUCUGGCUAUGAUUGACUCAAAGAUAAAUCAGGCCAAAAACUGGCUAAGAGAUCCUAAUGCGCCUCCAGGUGAUGCUGGAGAGCAGGCCAUCAAACAAAUAUUGGAUGAAGCUGGCAAAGUGGGAGAACUGUGUGCAGGCAAGGAACGGAGAGAAAUUCUGGGCACCACCAAGGCUUUGGGUCAGAUGACUGACCAAGUAUCUGAACUCCGAGCCAGAGGUCAAGGGGCUACACCAAUUGCCAUGCAGAAAUCACAGCAAGUAUCCCAAGGGUUGGACAUGUUAACAGCAAAAGUGGAAAACGCAGCCAGGAAACUGGAAGCCAUGACUAAUUCAAAGCAGGCCAUUGCUAAGAAAAUUGAUGCUGCUCAGAGCUGGCUGGCUGAUCCACAUGGAGGUCCUGAAGGAGAAGAGCAAGUUCAUGGUAUUUUAAAAGAAGCUAAGAAAAUUGCAGAUCUUUGUGAAGAUGCUAAAGAACGUGAUGACAUACUGCGUUCGAUUAAUGAAAUAGGAGCACUGACUGCAAAGCUAUCUGACUUGAGAAGGCAAGGCAAAGGUGAUAGCCCAGAAGCCCGUGCUUUGUCUAAGCAAAUUGCAACAACCCUACAAAAUUUACAAAGUAAAACAAAUCGAGCAGUGGCCAGCAGUCGGCCAGUGAAAGCAGCAGUUAAUCUAGAAGGUAAAAUUGAGCAAGCCCAACGCUGGAUUGAUAAUCCUACAGUUGAUGACCGUGGAGUGGGCCAGGCAGCUAUCCGUGGGCUUGUUGCUGAAGGCCGUCGGCUGGCCAAUGCAUUGAUGGGACCUUAUCGUCAGGAACUGACUGGGAAGUGUGACCGAGUAGAACUCCUAGCUGGACAGCUUGCUGAUCUGGCAGUUCGAGGUGAAGGGGACAGCCCUCAAGGCAGAGCAAUUGCUGCACAACUACAGGAUGCACUAAAGGACCUAAAAGGCAAAAUGCAAGAAGUCAUGACCCAAGAAGUAUCUGAUGUUUUCAGUGAUACAACCACACCGAUUAAAUUGCUUGCUGUGGCAGCCACUUCUCCCCAAGAUGCACCAAAUAGAGAAGAGGUGUUUGAGGAGAGGGCGGGAUAUUUUGAAAAUCAUGCUGCCAAAUUGGGUGCUACUGCAGAGAAAGCUGCUGCUGUUGGAGCUGCAAACAAAAGUACGGUGGAAGGUAUACAGACAGCUGUGAAAUCUGCUCGAGAGUUAACACCACAGGUGGUUUCAGCUGCACGGAUCUUGUUGAGAAAUCCUGAUAACCAGGCUGCCUAUGAACAUUUUGAAACUAUGAAGAACCAGUGGAUUGAUAAUGUUGAAAAAAUGACAGGUUUAGUUGACGAAGCCAUUGAUACCAGGUCCUUAUUGGAUGCUUCUGAGGAAGCCAUUAAGAAAGAUAUAGACAAAUGCAAAGUAGCAAUGGCCAAUGUACAGCCUCAGAUGCUGGUGGCUGGAGCAACAAGCAUUGCUCGUCGGGCAAACAGAAUCCUUUUGGUUGCUAAAAGAGAAGUUGAAAACUCAGAAGAUCCAAAAUUUCGUGAAUCAGUAAAGGCAGCAUCAGAUGAACUAAGCAAAACAAUUUCCCCCAUGGUAAUGGAUGCUAAAGCUGUAGCUGGCAACAUUUCAGAUCCUGGUCUGCAGAAGAGCUUCUUGGAUUCAGGAUAUCGAAUUCUCGGUGCUGUAGCUACAGUUCGGGAAGCUUUCCAGCCUCAGGAGCCGGACUUUCCUCCGCCACCACCUGAUCUUGAUCAGCUUCAGCUGAAUGAUGAACCUGCUCCUCCUAAGCCACCACUUCCUGAAGGUCAGGUUCCACCACCACGGCCUCCACCUCCAGAGGAAAAAGAUGAGGAAUUCCCUGAAAUGAAAGCGGGAGAAGUAGUGAAUCAGCCUAUGAUGGAGUCUGCCCGGCAGCUGCAUGAUGAAGCCAGGAAAUGGUCAAGCAAGGGUAAUGACAUCAUCGGUGCUGCUAAGAGGAUGGCCUUAUUGAUGGCAGAAAUGUCUCGGCUGGUGCGUGGUGGGAGUGGAAACAAACGUGCUCUUAUUCACUGUGCUAAGGACAUAGCCAAGGCAUCCGAUGAAGUGACAAGACUGGCAAAAGAGGUUGCCAAGCAAUGUACUGAUAAGCGAAUCAGAACUAAUCUCCUUCAGGUGUGUGAACGUAUUCCAACUAUCAGCACACAACUUAAAAUUCUCUCCACUGUCAAAGCUACAAUGUUAGGGAGGACCAACAUUAGUGAGGAAGAAUCUGAGCAGGCUACAGAAAUGUUGGUUCACAAUGCUCAAAAUCUGAUGCAGUCUGUUAAGGAAACUGUACGAGAAGCAGAGGCUGCAUCCAUCAAGAUCAGAACAGAUGCAGGAUUCACACUCCGUUGGGUUCGGAAAACUCCAUGGUAUCAGUAAAUAAACAAGUUUGCCUGGCCUGUUCAUUUUGAAAAGAGGGAAGGAAAAAUGGCCUUUGAGAAAGUAAAUUGCUUUACAUCAGUGCACUGGGAGAGUAAAGUGAAACAGAGUGGUAUUGUGGUUUUAGUAUUGACGUAAUGUAUCUUAUCACAUCGUUCAAUAAUACAUAAUCUUUGUUAAUUAUUAACUAUAUGUCUUGCAUGUAUGACACUAUUAGAAUUAUGAAAAUGUCUAGCAUUGUUUUUACACUUAUGCUUUACAGCUUUCCAUUAAACCACUGAAAAUGUGUAUUUUUUCCAAUAUUUGUUACCAAUUUUCCCUGCUGGUCUAUAAAUCAUAUUUUGCAUGAUAUAGAAAUAAGUGAAAGUUUCUCCAUCUCCUGCCUUUCAUACAUUAAGCACUGGUGGCGUCUCAAAUGAUGAAAGUAUGAUCAGCCAUAAAUCAGUAAAAUGCUAUAAUUGAUUUAUUUUACUUAAAUUGAUAUAUAACUUAUUUCAGAGUCAACUUGUAUAAUUUGCCCAGCAGCCAUAUGUUCGAUCUAUCUUCACUCUGAAGUUUGAUUCAACACUUCAGUGUACUUGCUGUGGGUAGGCUUGGAUUACAUUUGCAGAGUUGUGGAGGAUGUGCUAGACUAAUUAUAAUAUUUGUACAAGUCCUGUUCUUAGUACUUUCAUAUCUGAACAUUAACAAUUGUCAAGCCAAAGACUGUGCAUGGUAGAUUUCUUUAUGGAAGGCAUUGUUUUGAGACAAGUGAACUAUUAAUCUCAGAGUAUUGAAUAAAAUGUCAAAAUCAUUUUAUCUUGCUAUUGGGAAUUGAAGAACAGUUUGUUAAAUGUAAACACAAUUGUGCUUUGAGUCAUGGUACAUACUAUGCCUAGAAGAAUUACUGUUAGAAUUAGAAAACACACAAUUGUAAUGUGGGACUUCAUCACAAACAUUUGCAUACAGUACUUUAACUGGAAAUUGUAUUAUUUUGAGAACAGUUACAUUCUGGACUAAAUACAUUGCAGGAUUUGUUUUUGCUGGAACUGUUUCAUCAGUCAGUGCGAAAGUCAGAAUUUUCCCAGAGGUACUGUUUAAUGUUGGUAAAUGCAGACAAAAUGCUUCACAAAAUUGUGAUAUUGCUCAAAUUCUUGCAAAGUUGAGAAGGUGAUAAGCCCUUGUAAGAUAAUUAAGACCUGGUGGAUAAUGUUCUUGAAACUCAAUCCUUUCUUGAACUUUAUUAUUAGGUACAAGAAAUUGACAGUCUGGAUAUUUUAACCCAAAACAUUUAUGUACAAUUGGUUCACAAUAUAUUAAUAUGUUUAAAGGGAUUGGAACAGGUUUUGAAAAUCUAUCAUUAUAUAUACUAAAAUACUCAGGUUUUGACUUCUCACAUUUGUAAAAAUGAGUAUUUUAUCCAUACUGCUAGUUUUAAUACAACUAUUUUCAGCACAUUUAAAAUUGCCAAGUUAUUUCUAAUGUGUGUCAGUAACUUUCAGUAUUCACAUACAAAUACAGCAGUUUGUUGAAAUUUGUACAUUUCCCACAGUGAAUCUUUAUAGACAGUUUGUUCUGAGGGGAAUAAUGUAUAUUAAAGUUUAAAAUUUAAUUCAGAAUUAUUGGGGUAAGAAGAUCAGAUAAUUUAAAGAAAUAUUAUUGAUGUUUAGCCUUACUUUCUUGUAUAUUUGUGCUCACUUAUCUUUAUUAAGACUGUUCAGUUACUUCCAUAAUUGUCUUAUCAUGCACCAGUUCAAGUUAUGGCCUUAAAUUUCCAUACACUUCCUUAAAAAUAGAUUGCAAAAGGGUUGAGAAGUGCAACGUGUUCCUUUGGCUUCAAUUCUGAAAGGGCCAAUGUACAUUUUCCUGCAAGAGUAGGUCUUGACAGGAGGCCAAAUCUACACAAAGAAUGCAAAUUAUUUCAUUAGAAUCCUGAGUAUUCAUUUUGCAAACAGUAUCCACUUGUUUUUGCUGAAAGUUGCACAAUCUUGGCUUCCUUUCACAGCAGAUAUUAAUGCAUGAAAUUAUAGCAACAGUUGUAAAUAUGCAGAUUUUUAUCAAGCAUUCUUGAAAUUGUACUCUGUCUUUCCUGGAAUGUUUAUUCUGUAAUUUGGGUUAUCCAUGUGUAAUUUUACUGUAAUUUCCAUCAAAUCUACCAUUAGUCUUUAUGUACAAUUUAAUGAAUGUACAUGUCACACAAGGAACGACAUGACCCUAAAUGCAGGAUUUAGUUAGAGCUUGCAUUAUGCUCAGGUACCCAAUUCAUGGUUGUAGUGCAAGAUUGAGUUGGGUUUUAUGAUAUAAUAAAUUUUUUGAAUAUGGUCAUGUAGAUAGAACAUGUUUUCCUUCACAAAUUGCAAUUACUGCUUGGUGGACCUUGAUACUGAUUUCAUAAUCAUAUGACAAAGAAUUGUGCAACAAAAAAUAUUCAAUCAUUUUAACACUGUCAAAUUAAUCACCUCUUGUAUCAGAAAUAUCAGACUACUUUGGCUGGGAAUAUAAUGCUUAAUCUAAUUUUAAUUCUCUUCAGUCACUUUGGUUUGAACACAGUGAAACAUUGGCUUUAGCAGGAUUUGUAACUUGUUAAAGUUUACUUAUUUGCUACAUUAAGUGCCUGCAGUUUUAAAAUAAAGUAUUUUUAACAUUU